AAUCGGAUUUUUACACUUUAUUGACCGAGACGUGCUCAGUACAGACGGAACUGGAGAAACAGGCAGUUUUCCAUUAGACGUUAAACCGAACACUUCGCGGCGGUGGCUUGAAGUUGAUGUUGAUCUGGAAGCCGGAAUGGAGUUGAAGCUACUUUAGAUUCGAAGAUCCUGCCCGAAUGAAGAUCACUAUGGCGAGGAUCAACAUCAUAAAAGAUUUUGAGCGUAUCUGGGAUACGAACAGAACACCACCGUGGUUUAAAGAGUUUCCGGAUGUAGUUGCAGACAUUUACCAAACAGCAAGGGAAGAUGUGAUCAUUGAAGCAGAUCAAACGGAGUCGGAGUUCAACCAACAGAUGUUCUAUCACUAUUAUCAUUUGGCAUCGGUUGACUGUUUGAGAGAUGAUUUGCACCAAACCAAAAACAUCCUGAACAGUUGCCUAGAGCGUUACGACAAGAUACCCCAAGCUGACCGCAACUACUCUUUGGACGAAUUGAGUAUCUUUGUUAAGGAAAAGUUAGCUGAAAUAGAUGAAGAUGUUUCUAAGCACGAGUCGAGGCUGCAUGGUUCAAGUUUCAAGGAUUAUGUUGAAAUUUGUCUCACCCUCGGUAACAUAGAGAAUAAUAACGAGUUGCUGCAACAAUUGAAAAAAUGCUCGAACGAAGACCGGAAGCAGCUUGAACAGCUUCUUUGGUGUAAGCAACUGGUUCGUCUCAUCAUCACCCUGGAGGAAGAAGCUCUAAACCAGACAUUUCAUCGGAUUUCGAUUCCUGCAGAAAACGAGACUUGUCUGGCCAGAGCAUACCAUCUUGCUAGGCACGGUAAUUCAAGUGAAAAUCACUCGAAGAGUGUCGGAACAAACCAAACCUCUACCCAAGAGUGUGUGUUUUACGGUGGUGUAAAGGAACGCGUGAGGGAGAAAAUUUACGGUGAAGUUGUUUCGAGGAAGCACGGUUUGGAACAGGUAAAAUUUAUAAUCCAACGUGACGCUGGCAAGGAACUCAGUAAUACCGAUACGGUAUUUGUUGAGGAUGAAUUCAGAGGGCUUUGCCUGGAGCAGUGCUUGGAAGAAAUGCAGCAUUCGAUGAAAUCAUAUCUAACGAGCUAUCAGGAAAUGGAUAUAGUGAAGAUGUUUAACUUCGUCGAAAUUGUUAGCACAUGCAAUGCUAUUCCGCAAUUUUUCAAACAAUUUCAUUAUUUUAAAGAGCUUUUAAAGUUUAAGCUAAGUGAGGAAGAGGAAAGCAAACUCGUAGAGCAUUUCAAAUGCACAUUUGUUAGCCAAAUAAUCAACCAUUGCAAUGCAGUUCAGAACGAGCUAGGUUUUAUUUCGAACUUGACGAGUUAUCUGAGUAAAACUCGAAAAGUCAAAGCUGUUGUUAACAAACUGGGUGUAAACGAACAAACACUCAAUGUUGAUUAUGAAAAACUUAUGACUCUCAAGGACUCAGAAAAUAACGAAGAACUUUUGGAACUGCAGAGCACAGUUAAAAGUAUGAUGCAACAAGAAACCCAACUAAUUAUGAAAGACAAACUACGCGAAACCAUACUCGGUUUUGCGGAGCCUGUACAAGUCCAGCGAGCUACGGUCGACGAUCGAACUGUGGUCAAAGUGCUGGGCAAGCAUUUAGUUCUAGGUGAAAUUUUAGAGUCUGUAGAGAACGAACUUGCAAUCGACAUGGACAUAACUGAAGUGCAGUUCAUCGGUAGUAAAGUGUUUCACAUUGACGCCGAUCUGGUGAGCGAUACUUGGCAUGGGAAAAAUGUGGCCGUAAGAUCAAAGCUCAUCCAAGUGCAUGGAACUGUUGUGUGGGACGUUUCAGGGAAGAGCUGCAAUCGCAAGUAUGAACCUGCCCGUUCUGCAACCGUUGAAGGUGCGGACGGAUGUGCUGGUGAGGACGGCUAUCCUGGUGAAAGUGGUGGCAAUGUGUUUAUUACGGCGGAGAAAAUGAUAAAUUGUGAAGAAUUUACUGUAAUUUCUAAUGGAGGAGACGGUAGUGAUGGUCAGGACGGUGGACACGGGAAAAAAGGUCGAGACGGUGUCGGUAUCAUGCGAGAAAACAUAGAGCAGGAGUUUAAUUCACCUGUGAGAUUUUUAGCUUUUCAUACUACGAGAAUGGAGCAAGUUCAAAGAAUGAUUAGGUCUAUUGAUCGUAACUUUGUUCAUUCCUCCCAACGCUUCAUCCAAGAUAGUGAUACGUUUAUUGUAGCAACUGGCCAAGAUAGCAAAGGAGUUAUAUUUUCAUACUGCUCACCAAAACUGUUCCAGAACAAUAGCCAUUGCUAUCUUGUUCACAAGGGAUCGUUGGGAAAACCUGGGGGUCAAGGGGGUGACUAUGGCCGGGGAGGAGAAGGGGGUUUCCCUGGGCAGAUCAGUGUAAAAAGUGUAAUUGGGGAAAUUUUUCAAGUUAACAAAUCAACUGUUCGAGGCCAAGAUGGCCGUUCGGGAGCAGCUGGGUUGUAUGGCGACACUGGUGACAACGGUUGGGAUAUUGGCUAUCUCGAUUACCAGACAUGGCGUGCGGCGUAUUACUACGGAGAAGACUACAAAAGUAAGCUCACUGUCGAGUAUCACGACGAUUCCAGGAAGGAAAGUGUUUGGUGUUGGCACAAAAACAAAUACGCUAGCAUAAAAGUGGUCAAAUCUGAAAACUCAAGCGUAGAAAAGCACAAAAAACGUCACUUUGGAAAACGUGAUCGCAAGCAUUCAGCGGUGGCGGUAAAGAAAAAAAUGAUCAUUGAAAGCUCGUUCAUUGCCAGCACUGACCAGCACUUUGGUUCCAUUGACGAGAACGCCCUUCUAAGUGCCUACACUCGCAUUGAACGUAUCCGACAACGGGCUUUACAAGGAGUAUCUGAAAAGACAGAGCAGCGGAAGAAAGCUAACAAAAGAUACAGGAUUAAUCAUAUAAUUGCUUGUCCAGAUAUUGAGCAUGACAUUGACGAGCCUCCUGCUAAAAUUUCUAAUACAGUCAAGCAGAAAGCAAUGAGCUCGAAAGUGUUUGAAAGUAUUCUGAUUCGGAAAGAAUCACUGAUAAAUUGGAAACAACUAAGAUUUUGUCGCAUCGAAAAUCAAGAUUUGCAACGCCUAUUUCUUUUACUACACUCAACCGAAAAGGAAAAAACGAAACUAUCAGCAAACGAUUUUAAGAUCAUUGAACAAAUUUUGGUUGACAAACAAAGGCUGGCCACGUUUGAGGAAAUAACAGAUAAAAUUCAUAUUAAUUAUUCUAACACUAACAAAUCAGUAUUGUCAGCACAAUAUGCGUCGAUAUGCCUAGAAGAAGAUCCACAACAGUGUGGCAUAAACUGUCAUAAUUACUUGGGCAAAUUGGAUGAUUAUUUCUUCAAUUUUGAUUGCGAUGGCCAACAAGAGAAACUCUCGUCGUACUGUAACUUAUACAGGAAAAACCUUCCAUCAUCAGUUGUUGAAGCUUUUUUGUAUGAAGCAGUAAGUGCGGACUCUUCCAUUCAAGAACAUCUUGAUCAGUACAAGUUAGUUUCAGAGUUACGGGAAUUUGAUUCAGCUCGUAACUUGAACCAAUUUAUGAAGGAAUUAAUUCCGUCAAAGUUUUCAAAUAUAAUAAAUCUAUGGUACCUGAACGAUGAGAAUUCUUCUCUUGCACAAAAACUGAUCCACGAAAUUGAUUAUGAUUACCGUUUAGGUUCUCUCCGCAAACAUUACAUGAAGGAACUGAACAAGGAAAUCAAUUUUAAUCAAUGUCUACAAAAUGAUCACUUUUUUGAAACUUAUCAAACCUUCAUUGUUGAAAAAGGUCCCUUAACCCGGAGCUACAGAGAGCUCUUGGCUUACGCGUUUGGAGUGAAUAUACAAGUUCAUAUUAGGGUGCCUAGCGGAAAGUUUUUACUGCGGGACAGUCAUAACUCUGAAUCGUCCGAUAUUGUAUAUUUGCUACUUGAGAACGAAUCUUUUGUGAAACUAAGAUUAAACGAAAAUCUGAUGAAUUUGGAAAAUGAUUAUCGGAUUCUAGCGCGAAGGUAUUCUCUGAUAACUGACCGCUUGAUGUCAUUCAAGGACAAACAAUCGUUUGAUGAGUAUGUAUCAAAUGGUCUGUAUUUAUACUGUGACUUUGUCUCCAUGAAUGAUGUACGUUAUUUAUGCAACACCGAACUUUUGAACGAGUUAGUCCAGCACUUUUCAUUUGGGGAAAGACAUGUCAUAGAGGCUAUGUUCACUCGAAGUGAUGUUUCAAGCUUUGUUUAUAGUAAGCUAUUACGUAACCUCUGUUUGAGGUUUGCUGCCGAGGGGAAACAUAUUUCUACAGAUGAAGUUCAAUUUCUGGUAAACCGUUAUCUGGUUGCCAGUAGCGUAGGAAGGCAUGAAGAAGAGAUUGUUAGCUGGAUUGUUUUGGCAUUUCCUCAGGCCAGCUGGGUCAGUGAGAUCCUUCUUCUAGACUUGGAGCGAUACUAUAAAGAAAGGCUUGCGAGGAAAUCUGAAUGGAGGAUUCUUCUGAAGAAAGUAGAAAACAAAGCACUUAUGAUAUUGUUCAGUGCUAAACUUCAGUUAAGCCUGGCAGGAACCGUUGAGCCGAUUGACAAAAUGGAAAGAAUAUUAAAAAUGAUGAGUAUGGCCAAACACCAAACGACUACGUUGCUAAAGCUGAAUCUUUCCGAGUGGUAUUAUGUACUGGAGGAGCAUUACUGGGUUGAAAAGCUGAAGCCUUUAACAAGUUGGAACGAUAAUCAAACAUUGCAGGAAGCAUCAUAUUAUGCGGUGGUCCUGCUGAAUAAUUAUAGCCUCGAAAUAAUGGAGAAAUUCUUCAAUACAAUAAAAGGUAAAAAUGUCUCGGAAAAUCAUAUUAUCGACGUACUCUGCAGUGUCUACAAUGGAAGAUGGAACUUGACAGAAGAAAAUAUUGCAAAUCUGGAAAAGAUUAAACUGGAACAGUGGGUCAAUCAUAUGGAUUCUAACAUGUCAAAACAGCAAGAACGAGAUAUUAAUGUUGUGGUUCAGUUUAUAAAAGACAAUAAAUGGGCCUCUUUUAGUAUAUUGUCCAAAUUACAACCGAUAACAAAGCAAGUUCAGUUCAUCAAAGAAGAAAUCGAUAAAAGGAAUCGAGUUUUUAGGAAUUUAGUACCGUAUUUAUACAACAGAUUACGAGAAAGAUUUCCUGGAGCUGAAAACUCGAACAGUACAUGUUUCUCUGAUAAACGUGUGGAGCAACAACUUUUAGAUAUUGACGAUGCAAUUUAUGAAGAGUUCAAGUUCCGAUUGAGAGACACGCAAAAGUUUGUGGUGCUGACCUUGUUGGAAAAUAACAAAAACACCCUUGCCCAAGUGUCCACCGGCGAGGGCAAGUCGUUGAUUGUGGUAGCUGUAGCCAUCAUCAAGGCAUCGCAGGGCCAGAAGGUGGACAUCAUCACCAGCUCGUCGGUGCUGGCCAGGAGAGACGCCGAGCUGAGCAAAUCCAUCUACGCUAAAUUUGGUAUCAACGUGUCCCACAACUGCAGCGAAGACAUCGAGAAGCGGAAGGAAGCCUACUCGGGGAAUCAGGUUGUGUACGGAGAUCUUUCCAGCUUUCAGCGGGACUAUCUGCUGCACAAGUUUUACCAGAACAACGUGAUUGGCGAUCGGAACUUUGAGAAUGUCAUCGUUGACGAAGUGGACAGUAUGCUGCUGGACAGGGGUAAUAACAUGCUGUAUUUGUCACAUGACUUGCCCGACAUGGACAAACUGGAGUCCGUGUACGUGUUCAUCUGGGAAUGGGUCAACAACAUUUCAAAAGUAUAUGACACUGCUGCCAUUAGAGAUGCAGUUUUGUGGCAACUAUAUGGAGUACUAAAGUGCACAGACAUCGGCAAGAUAGAUGCGACGUUGAGCGAGGAAAAGCGAAACUUCAUCUGGAACAAGCUGGUCGAGGCCAAGAUAAUUGACGGUGAUGGCAAGUUGAUGACAGAAAACAUCAAGAAUGACGUCCUCGGUGAGUUGCUGGGAUCCGAAUACUCUGUUUACCUUGAUCGUUUGGAGUACCUACUGACGGAGUAUAUCAACAGAGAGAAGUGCAUCCACGUGCCCAAUUACUUGCGAUCAUUUGUGGAUUUGCACCUGGAGUCGUGGAUCGAAGCUGCCAAGAUGGCUCUCGUCAUGGAAGCUGGCCACGACUAUGUGGUCGAUGUUGAUCGGAGCGGAAGCAGUGCCGAUAGAACGCCCAACAUAACGAUCCUGGACAGAGACACGGGCACAGAUUUGGUGAAUAGUCAGUGGGAAGCGGCGCUGCACCAGUUUGUACAGCUGAAACACGGUUGCAAGACGUACCUGCAGAGCUUGAAGGCAGUGUUCAUCUCGAAUGUAACGUUCUUCAAGCUGUACGACAAGUUGUACGGUUUAUCUGGCACAUUGGGAUCACAGAGGGAACGGGAUUUGCUGGAGGAGAUUUAUGCGGUAGACUUUGUGAACGUUCCAACGGCAAAGUGCAAACUGUUUUACGAAUAUGUUCCCAUCGUUUGCAAAAGUGCUGCUGAUUGGAUCGAUACUAUCAAUGAGUCGGCUAAAAGGCUGACUGAGACUGAUGGUAGGUCCGUUUUGAUAAUAUGUGAAACGUUGAAUGAAGUUGCCGAGCUGUACAAAGAGUUCGGUGGAAAAAAUGCAACCAACGUUCGAACCUACACUCGAGAAUACGAAGAGUUUGACACCGGAGAGUUAUCUCCAGGUCAGAUCAUCAUUGCCACAAAUCUGGCAGGUCGAGGAACGGACAUCAAAUUAACUCAAACGCUGAAAGGUGCGGGUGGGGUACACGUUUGCUUGACCUAUCUGCCGAGCAACAUCCGCGUUGAGCAGCAAGCUUUCGGACGGGCUGCCAGAUGUGGUGACCGUGGAUCUGGCCAGCUGAUUGUACUGGACCAGAAGGAGAUUUUGAAUAUUAUGCUGCUCAAACGACUACGUGACACACGUGAGCUUGCUCGAAUAUCGCUGAUCAAGAAACAUUACGAAACCCGAGUGGUACUAGAAGAAAACUGUUUUAGGCAGUUCACUCACCAGUUCGAUGAGCUGAGAAACUUGCUUGCUAGUAAAAUCACUAAUGGGAAAGAAGAGUUGAGCGAUAUUUUGCUGGGCAGCUGCUUGGAUAGAUGGGUGUUUUGGUUGGAUAAUAACGGGAAGAACUUGGUUUCCAACGCAAAACAUCAUUCACGAAAGACGCUCGAUAUUUCAUUGGCGAACUUUUUGAGUCACUUGAAGUCGUUGAAAGUCACAAACUUUGAGUCCCUGCUGGAUUGGGUUGACAUCAGCACUCCUCGGAUGAUAAAACUUGGUCGGUACUUUAUCGAGAAUAAGCAAGCAGCGUUAGCACACACUCUUUUUGAAAAAGUUAUUGCUGCAGAACCCCAAUUUUGUGAAGCUGCUCUCUACUACAAGGCAUACGCAUUAUCUACGAAAAUCACCUGGAAUGUAGUCAAUUCGCCAGAAGUAAAAACAUUCUCGCAUAACCUGCGUUCUGCGGCAGAUAUGUUCGAGGAACGCGUUCAAAAUCUGAUGAUCAAUGUUUCUCGGGUCGACAAGAUAAAAACAAACUUUAAGCACAACAUACUGCCAAUAACAGCCUAUAAAGAGCAAAAACAGAUCAUCUGUAAGUUCUACGGGGCACUGACGCAAUCCGUUAACGACAUUCUAGGACACCCGGUAUCUGCAACUUCCUUCGAGGUUGGAGACACCAUUGACAAAUCGAGGUCGAUUGAAAUAUUUAACGCAUUGCAUGCGAAGAAAAUUGUCCAAAAUCCCAUUAUUAAAGAUAACAUCAGUGAGAAAGAGUUACGUGACAUAAGUUACAACUAUGGAACGUCUGCUGCAAAGCUACUAAACUUUUUAGAAAAGUGCCGCACAACUCAGGGAAGAUCUGUACAACUAGAGAAAUUUGUACGGUUGUUGAAGCAGCAAGUAAUAUUACCAAGUCGAGAAGGAUUCUGGCGGCAUCUGGUGGAACAGGAGAUUUUGAGUAAAAAGGAGGAGGAAAAGUAUAUCCUUGUGGACAAAACAAAGUUGUCAGUUAAAGAUAUAGAAUACUUCGAUUCCAUGUUGUCGCUACCGGGACUUGAAGCGAAAGUGACGAUCAAAGAAGGAGAGUUGUUACUUUAUCCAGAUCAACUGCUUGAUGGAGAUGCUUAUAAUAAAGAUUCCUUUAAAAAAGCUAUUGACCCCGCGAAAUAUGCGGCUUUCAAGGAACUGGGAGCAAUUUCAUUUCAAAGAAAGACAAAAUUUAAUCUUGACCAGCUGAAAACUAAGCAAGUAAAUUUUAACCAUUAUGAUUCAAUUUCAUUGGAAGACUUCGCAAUGGUUAAUAUAAGUCAGAACGAUGCCAACGGAAUAUUGGAUUUACUUGUGAGGGGCAAAGUGCUGCAAAAGCAAGAUGGCAACAAAGAGUUGUACAAAUUGCAUACUGAUGGCAGUAGAAUAAAUGGCAUUCAACUAGGCGAAUACAAGAUCUACGAGGAUGCCGUGAGAGGUUUGCUUAAUUUGUGCUUUUGCUAUAGAAUAGCAUAUCAAAGCAUUACGCGUUGUGCGAAUAAUGGGAGAGCUCAAGAUUUCCCGUUGAUAUCAAAACCGCAUCGAAGAAUUCUGGCGGAUUUGCUUCAUGCACGGAUCCUUGAGCCAGCCGUUUCCAAAUUCAUUGUAGACAUUGUAGAUCUACGUAAGGCUUUGUCUGGAAUGAGGCUGGAGGAAGAUAGCUUAGUUAAAGUUGCUCAACGGUUGAAAAGCUUGAAAGGUUCAAUGGACAGUCUUCGAAUGGUUCCAUUUUCUGAGUAUGACCGGUAUACAAACGUCGAAGAGUGGAACCUAUUUUCUCUCAAUGGCAACGAAUUGCUGUUGAAGUUGAGAGGCGCGAGUUUCAUGAAAAUAGUUGGAACAUUUUUAUGGGGAGCCCUACUAAUCAGAGCUGCGCUGGUACAAAACAUUAAAAUGCGUAGAACAGAGCUGUCUCGACAGGAUUUGAGCAAAUAUUCAACUGGUUGGCAGUACAUUUGCAGCGCAAUACGAAUGGCCUUCGAUGUUUACGGUACGGAUUACUACAAACUUCAAUAUAACAAGUUUAUCAAACGAGUAGCCCUCAUUGAAGCGACAAAUUUUGGGUUUUUCGGAGAUAGGUUGAAUAAAUUUGCUUUUGAAGUGACUCAACCUGCCACCUCCAAACCCGACAUAAAAUAUGUAAGAAAGUUGGCUGUUCCGCUGAUCCGUGGAUUUGAUCUUGUCUCGAGAACUGCAAACGUACAGCUUUUAAUUGACGAUCGCCUUAAGCUUAUGUGCACAGAACGAAGUGAUUGUUUGCUUUCAUCAAUCGAUAAGAAUGCAGCCUUUUCCGCAUUUGAAGAAUGCUUGAAGAAAUUGUUCCGUUUUAUGGAUGUUGAUGAAGCUAGAAAAAAGCUAAUUAAGCUGACUGAAAUGCAUUUGCAGAGACAACAAUAUUUUAAAAAUGUAGAAGCCAUUCUAGUUAAGGUUGCGGAUACUGUUCUGCAGGCACUUUCAAGAGCCACUAAAAGACCAAACGUACACAUCACGGUUUCCACAAUUUUGUCCGUUGACAUCAACGAUGCGUGGGUAACCGCACUUAAAGACAACGAACGCAACCUUGCGAUGAUUGUUACCAAUAUUGUACAAGAAUUGACAGGUAAGCUUAAUUUACUGAUUGCUGAAAACUCGGUUGAAGAUCAAACAGCAAUCACCGGUUUUGAAGGCUUCGUCGAGGAGGCCAUUAUGAAGCUUAAGGCACAGCUACAUGAAAAGCUAGAUGUUCUUCUGAAACAGACCAUCCACAGGCCGGUUCAAGAAAGAGGUCGCUUCCUGUUGCUAAAUUACGCCGAAGGACAAAUUGAACUUCAAACAGACUCGAACGAUGGUCCCAAUCCGGGAGAAGAUAUUGCCAAAAAAAUCCGCAUUGGUCAGCUCAAGAAAGAGUCCGACAAAAGGCGCCAAGCGCUGGCAAUGACUCCGGUCGAGAAUCUUCUCGAUCAGCAGUUCAACGAGGCAUUGGCCAAAUGGGAACGAACUGCUACCGAGCUGGAGCGACUGGCAGUUUGCAUUCGCAAAGGAGAACCAGUUGACGGUCAGUAUCUGGACAUUUGUUUGGAGGCCGUGCGGUUCGUACUCCUGCGACGAGCAGUGGUCGUUUCCAAUAUCUGCGUAAAUCUAAUAACAGACGGUAAAACUCGGAACAAAAUUUCAUCACCAAGGAAUUCUAACGGAAUCGCAAUGGACCUGCAGCUGAUGGACAACAAAUUCCUAGUAGGAAAAACGCAAAAACCGUCAGGAAAGUUAAUUCGCAACAGUAACUGCCUGUACGACUGCCUUCUUACAAGCAUCUUCGAGCUGCGAUCGAUUUCCUCGAAACAAUUCGCGCUAGAGAUCAGCCAACAUUUGGUAAAAGUGUUGGAAAAUCAGUCAAACCCAGAGCCCACUUUGAGACAAUUCUUGGAUUUUAACAAACCGUCAACCUUUAAGGAGCUGUGUUUCGCACAAUUUUUGAGUGCUUGUCUCGAAAGUCCUGCCAGGGGAGUUGUUGCAUUCGGUGACCUGAUGGAGCGAGCUAAAAACGGCCCACUAGACUGGCACGGAACUGGAUGCGGUCACGUUCACGCGGUUACGAUCCACUAUUCGAAACGUUUUGUAGAAGCAGGAUUCACGAAGAACGCCACAACUGACACAAUAUUUGGGAGGGUUAUGUCCGAUUUGAGGGAGGCGUUCUUCAAAGUUUAUCAAUAAAAAUGGAGAAAAAUUAAUGAUUUUUUUAAUGGGAUCAACUAAAACAAUAUAACCAUGCAUUAUGAUAAAGCCUACAUUUAUUAGAUCUAAAAAUAUCAUGUCUUCAUAAUCUUAUUUUUUUAACCCUAGGUUUAUUUUAUCGAACAAUAAAAAUUUUAAUUCUGGUAAAGAAAAACAACGAAAAUAUAAUGUUAACGAAUAAAUUGAAUAAAACGUGUUUUUUACUACAACCGUCCAAACUGGUGUUUUGCGCAGUGAUCCCAUGCACCGCGUGUCAAACGCGUUCUCUGUUUUCUGUACUCGAUCAAACACCAGCACCGUGUAUGCACGCGUACAAGCAAACCUAUACUCAACCGUGAACCGUCCAAAUCUGGGCUACCUCAUGGAAUCGAUGAUUAACCCAUAACUACACACAAAAAAAUAUUUCCUAAUGUUACAUCAUUUAUGAUGUAACACUUUUGCACGUCAUUAAACAUUUAAAUUUAAAUUCAAUUUGAUGUAAAUUUGCAACAAAUUAUACGUAAAAACAUGAUUUUACGUGUGAUUCAACCGUUUACAUCGAAUCUCAAGUUUACAUCAACUGAGUUUACAUGUGAUUCAUAUUUUCCGUGUCGAGUAAAUUCACAUAUUUUUUUCUGUGUAGGCUAAAUUCCAAAUUUAAGAGCG